GUGAUAUAUCUUCAAGCUUUUGUAUUGGUUUUACUGAUGGGAAAACUAAUGAGGAAAGUGUUUUUUGGUCAGUUGAGAGCUGCGGAAAUGGAGCAUCUUAUAGAAAGAUCAUGGUAUGCAGUUACUGAAACAUGUUUAGCUUUUACUGUGUUCCGAGACGAUUUCAGUCCGAAAUUUGUAGCAUUGUUUACUCUGCUACUAUUUUUAAAAUGUUUUCAUUGGUUGGCCGAAGAUCGAGUUGAUUAUUUUCAGUAUGCCAUCUUAUUUAGCAUUGUUAUAAACAUUUUUAUAAAGUAUAUAUUGCAUUCAAUUGAUUUACAAAGUGAAAAUCCUUGGGAGAAUAAAGCAGUUUAUUUAUUAUAUUGUGAAUUAUUAAUGGGUUCUGUGAAGGUUAUACUGUACAUUAUAUUUAUGGUUAUUAUGAUAAAAAUACACACGUUCCCACUAUUUGCUAUUAGACCUAUGUAUCUUAGUAUGAGGGCUUUCAAAAAAGCAGUAAAUGAUGUAAUUUUAUCAAGACGUGCUAUAAGAAACAUGAAUACACUUUAUCCAGAUGCUACUCCUGAAGAGCUAGCAACUGUUGACAAUGUGUGCAUCAUUUGUCGUGAAGAGAUGACAGGAGGUGGAAGUAGCAAAAAACUACCUUGUAAUCACAUAUUUCAUGCUACUUGUUUACGUUCUUGGUUUCAACGACAGCAAACGUGUCCAACUUGUCGUAUGGAUGUGCUUAGAGUAGCUACACCAACCAGUACAAAUGUUCCCAAUGCAAAUGUGCCACCAGCUCCACAAGAGCAGCCUCAACCACAGCCCCCGCAACCACCACCAUUUAUGAACUGUAAGUGUUCUGUGAAGGUUAUACUGUACAUUAUAUUUAUGGUUAUUAUGAUAAAAAUACACACGUUUCCACUAUUUGCUAUUAGACCUAUGUAUCUUAGUAUGAGGGCUUUCAAAAAAGCAGUAAAUGAUGUAAUUUUAUCAAGACGUGCUAUAAGAAACAUGAAUACACUUUAUCCAGAUGCUACUCCUGAAGAGCUAGCAACUGUUGACAAUGUGUGCAUCAUUUGUCGUGAAGAGAUGACAGGAGGUGGAAGUAGCAAAAAACUACCUUGUAAUCACAUAUUUCAUGCUACUUGUUUACGUUCUUGGUUUCAACGACAGCAAACGUGUCCAACUUGUCGUAUGGAUGUGCUUAGAGUAGCUACACCAACCAGUACAAAUGUUCCCAAUGCAAAUGUGCCACCAGCUCCACAAGAGCAGCCUCAACCACAGCCCCCGCAACCACCACCAUUUAUGAACUGUAAGUGAUAGCAAUUAAAACUAUUUAAUAC